ACUUGUCUGUGGCCGAUCUAUUUUUCUCUCGGGGACAGAAUUUCCUUUAACUUCCCACACCGCCUGACAGUGACAUCUCCACCAUACUUUCCACGUGUAAAAUCUCUCUCUCUCUCUCUCUCUCUCUCUCUCUCCCCAUUUUUCACUGCAGUCAAUCUGCGGGUUUUGUUUGUUUUUUAAGACUUCAGUGAUGAGAACCCACGAGCAACACCCGAACAAGCUUGUGAUAAGUUAAUGUAUUGGUGCUCUGGUUUUCCUGUUCGUCAAGUAAACGGGGAGGCGUAGGGAAAGAAGAGAGUGGGUACCUGGAGAGAGAGAGAGAGAGAGAGAGAGAGAGAGAGAGAGAUUGCUUUGGCUGGUCUUCUUUUGGUGUUUUUGAAACCAUGGAACGGUAUGAGAUUCUGAAGGAUAUUGGGUCUGGGAAUUUUGGGGUGGCCAAGCUGAUUAAAGAUAAGUUGACCAGAGAACUUUUUGCUGUUAAGUUUAUUGAGAGAGGCCAGAAGAUUGAUGAACACGUGCAAAGGGAAAUCAUGAACCACAGAUCAUUGAAGCAUCCUAAUAUUGUUAGAUUCAAAGAGGUCAUGCUAACACCAACACAUUUAGGAAUAGUAAUGGAGUAUGCCGCUGGAGGUGAACUCUUUGAGAGGAUAUGCAAUGCUGGUAGAUUUAGUGAGGAUGAGGCAAGGUUUUUCUUUCAGCAACUGAUGUCAGGGGUCAGUUACUGUCAUUCAAUGCAAAUCUGUCAUAGAGAUCUUAAACUUGAAAAUACACUCUUAGAUGGCAGCACAGCACCGCGUGUUAAAAUAUGUGAUUUUGGGUAUUCAAAGUCAUCUGUUUUGCAUUCACAACCAAAGUCUACUGUAGGGACACCAGCGUACAUUGCACCUGAGGUCCUGUCUAAGAAAGAAUAUGAUGGAAAGAUUGCAGAUGUUUGGUCAUGUGGUGUCACCUUAUAUGUGAUGCUAGUUGGGGCUUAUCCCUUUGAAGAUCCUGAUGAUCCAAGAAACUUCAGAAAAACAAUUGGGCGGAUACUUAGUGUCCACUAUGCAAUUCCUGAUUAUGUCCGAGUUUCCAUGGAAUGUGGACAUCUUCUAUCUCGGAUAUUUGUGGCUAACCCUGAAAAGAGAAUAACGAUCCCAGAAAUUAAAAAUCACCCAUGGUUCUUAAAGAACUUGCCUGUAGAACUGAUGGAAGGAGGAAGCUGGCAGAGCAAUGAUGUAAAUAACCCAUCCCAGAACGUUGAGGAGGUAUUAUCUAUUAUACAAGAGGCAAGGAAAGCUCUUGAGGUCCCCAAGGUUGGUGGGUAUUUAUUUGGAGGCAGCAUGGAUCUUGAUGACUUGGAUGCUGAUGCAGAUCUUGAAGAUAUAGAAACGAGUGGUGAUUUUGUGUGCCCACUAUGAGUGGAAGUGUAAAUAUAAUCUUGUGCUUUGCAGACGUAUUGUUUCCACUUCUCCCUGUUGUAUCCCUCUGUUUUGCCAUUUGGGGCAGAUAAAUUCCCUUCAUGUAUCUCUUGUAUGACUUACUUUUCAUAGUUUUCUCAUAAAAUAUCUUCUGUUACGUUUUUUUU